AGUCGACUGAAUCCAAGCAGCAGCAACACAGACGGAGAUUGGAGUUCAGUCUGCGCGAGCGCUGCAUAACGGCUGCUUCAUCGAGACACUUCUUUAACCGGGUUUAAAAACAUCCUCCAGAAACCGACACCAUGGGCGUGGAAGGCUGCACGAACUGCAUCAAAUACUUGCUCUUCUUCUUCAAUUUCAUCUUCUGGCUGGCUGGUUGUGUAAUCUUGGGGGUUUCACUCUGGCUUCGUCAUGACAAUAAAACAAGCAGUCUUCUGGACCUGAAGUAUGAGGGCACAGAAGCACCCAGCACCUUCUACAUCAGUGUCUACAUCUUGAUUGCUGUUGGUGCUGUGAUGAUGUUUGUUGGAUUCCUUGGUUGCUAUGGAGCCAUACAGGAAUCCCAGUGUCUUCUCGGAACAUUCUUUGCCUGCCUGGUCAUUCUGUUUGCCUGUGAGGUUGCUGCUGGAAUCUGGGGAUUCAUGCACAAAGACAAGAUCUCCAAAGAUCUGAUCACUUUCUAUGACUCUGUGUAUGACAAAGGCGUUUCAAUUACAAACGGUGAGCAACAGCAGGCUGCCGCUACUGUCUUGAAGGUCUUUCAUGAGACUCUUCACUGCUGUGGCAAAGGAGGCAUUUUUUCAGUUACUGAAAUGUGGAUCUCAGACAUCUGUCCUAAAGACAUGACAAUUCCUGAAAGCUGUCACUCCAAGAUCAAAGAGCUUUUCUCUGAGAAGAUCUAUUUGAUUGGCAUUGCUGCCUUGGUUGUUGCUAUCAUCAUGAUCUUCGAGAUGAUCUUCAGCAUGGUGCUUUGCUGCGGCAUCAGGAACAGCCCUGUUUACUGAAACAGAGGGGCAAGAUAAUUACCUUUAAAACAUCAGCCAAAAAAAAUAUUUUGUUUUAUAUCUACCAUUGUUUCUUAAUGUAGUCAACCUAUCCAGUUCCCGAAGUCUCAGAACAAUUUGUGUGCAUUUUUUGUUCAAAUGUUGCCGUGGAACCACCAACAACUAGUCUGCUAUUGUUCACGCUGUAGCUGGUAAAGACCAGUUGUGAUCUGUAGACUUACACACACAGAGUACAUUAUCACAUGAAGAACGGAUACAUUUAUUUGCUUGUAGUUAUAUUUUUUGUGUACACUGUUAAGUUCUGCUAUUGCUAUUGGUUAAUAUCAUUCUUUUCGUAUGUACAUGUAUAAACUGUAUAUAUUUGCAGCCCUGUAUGGCUCUUAAGCAUGAAUCUCAUAUUGAACACUCCUGUCCAUCUUCCUCUCUGAGACUGCUGUUUGUAUGUUCACGUUUCUUCCUGAGAAACCACUAAAUAAACAGUGUUAGCUAGGUGAUAGAGAAA